AUGGCCGAGAUGCAGGCCAUGUGGUGGUGCGAGCGGCUCGAGGGCCGCCUCGUGGCGCGGUCGCCCGACUACUACAAGCUCCAGGGCCGCCGCCUGGACUACGGGGUGGACUAUGGCUACUACAUGUUCGCCCUUGCGCGCGAAAUCGGUGCCAUCCCCAGCCUCUUGUACUGGCUGUUCCGCAAUCCUCGCAUCGCUAUCACCUGCGGCUUCGGCCAGGCCCACAUGCCGAUCUUCCGCUUGCAGGGCCCCUUCCGGGACCCCAGUGCCGAGGAGACCUGCGCGCGGGAGCUGCUCGGUCCAAUCAUGCACCGCCCGUUCUUCAUGAACGCAGUCCUUUUCGUAGAGGGCAUUGUUCUGGGUAUCCUCAACGCCGCCACGACUGCUCCAGGGUUCGCCCUCGUGUCGGCGGCCUCCGCGGCCGCCCUGUUCCGGCACCAGCGGCGGCUCUCGCUGCAGUGA